AAAGUGGAGCCAAGAUGCUGGCUAGAAUGACGCAUUUGGUGAAAAGAUGCUCACUAUACCAGCAGCUAAACAUUUGACAGAAUGGAUGUGGUGGUGAGAUAAUUGUAAGCGCCAUGGGAGCAAAAUCUAGAAUUAAUUUUGUUUUGAAGAACUGGAGUGCCUGUACCCUACUCACUGUCACAGUGGUUAUGGCAACAAUUGGGUCAUUCCCAGCAAGAGGUUCCAUUCAAAAUAAGUCUGUAGAGCAUCGUGCCAACACUACAAUCAGACAAAUGAUGGUGACCAAGAUUAAACCUCAGCUGGCAAAAGAUAAAUCAAGUAGGUCUGUACUGGUUGGUAAAGCAGUUAUACUGAACUGCCCCCCAAAAAGACAUAAGCUAAUUGUAUCAUGGAAUGUAAACCUGAAGAAUGGAACGAUUUGCUAUUUAUCGUACAUGAGUGAGAGAAAUGUGACAGACAGAAACUGUAGUACAGUUUUCAUGAAAUGGUUAUCUAGACCAGACAAGGAGUCCUCUCUUCAUAUAACAUCACCACAGAUAUUUAGUGAAGGAAUAUAUAAGUGUUCUACAGCAACUGCUAAUGGAACAUUCAGCCAUGAACAUGCUCUAACUGUAUUAGUACCUCCCAAGACAUCCCUGACUUAUGACAAUAUCAAUGGAAUUGCCAUUUGCAAGGCUGCUGCAGGGAAACCAGCUGCAGAUAUCUCAUGGGUCCCACAAGGAGAGUAUUACACUAAGAAUGAAAGUUUGCAUAAUGGCACACAGACUGUCACAAGUGUAUACAAUACCAACAACUCUAAGGAGGAUGAAGUAACUUGUGUUAUCUCCCAUCCUGCUUGGAAGGAGUCCUUCAAUAUCUCAUUAGGCAGACACAGUGAAGAAAGAAAAGACCUUGCAAUGAGAAUUCUGUAUAGCAGCCUUACUGGCCUCUUGGGAAUUCUCCUGCUUUCACUUUUCAUCUACCUCUGGAGGUUCCUGUAUGGAAGAAGAAAAAAAGUCACUGCAUCCAAAAGUCCUGAACCAAUUUCAAGACUGAGCAUUCAGGAGAAUGAGAUGGAGCCAUAUGCCACCUUUGUGCAAGUGGAAAAUGUGAUCUACGAAAAAGCAUGUGACUUCUCACUGGGUGAACACUUCCCACCAGGGCUCUCACUUUCAACAUGAGACACCACCUAACUUGAACUGUGAAAGAUAAAAAACACAUAAUAGCAGUGAGGUUGUUAUUACCUUAAAGUGAUCCUCCCAUUGAACAUGGGUAUAUUUUGGCUUUCUGCAUCCUUGUCAUGUACCCAACAGCCUGUUGUCUCUGUCAGUGGCCGACAUAGUCACUGUUUCAAAAAGCCAGAGUCCAUGAUCUGCAUGUCAAAAAGACCCGCGCAAUUCCGCUCUUCUUUCCAGGCUCUAUGGAAUUCUUCCAAGAGCCCUGCUGGCCUUAAUAUUCUGUUCUGCAUCAUGAAUCUUCUUUUUCUCACAUUGACUGCUUUUCCAGCCUCAGCAUUUAGAAAGCUAUUUUGAAAGCUACAAGAGGCAAUUCUAACUGUUGCCACCAUCUUUCUUCCUAAUCUAAGCAGAUCACUCUCCUUAAUAUGGGGCACCAUGAAAAUAUAGGUUGAACUGGAAAGGGCUGUCUGGGCCAAAUCACUCACUAAGGGAGCAAUCCAUAUCCAAGCUCCACCAGGAUGAAGGGGGUUUGGAAUAGAUGGAUCUCCCAGGCCAGAGCAACACUGGCUGAAGUCCCUCAUCUGAGCUCAGCUGCAGAUACAACGGUAUAAGUCCUCCAUCCCAGCUCAGCCAGGGCAAGUCUUGAAAAGGGGGUGAUCCAGGUGUGGGGCAGGGAUGGGAUGAGGCAGGGAAGACUAGGCAUGGAAAGGUCAGUUUCAGUUCUCUUGACCUAGCAACCCCAGCAGAACUUACACUGGCAAAAAGGAUGGUGUAAGUCAAACUCUGUUUUAAAGGCUUGUUUUCCCUCUGCCUGCCAAUUCUUCACAGUGAAUGAAUGCAGGAAAAAUACAAUGGAUUUUUUUUCUUUCUGUGACAUAAACUUGGGGCCCUUUAGGAUAUUAAUAGGGCAUACAGGUGGGGGCUUAGCCUCUCUUGUUCCACAA